AUGACGAAAGCUGAGAUGGCAACCUACAACAAAUUUCUCGCCGAUCAAAAACGGCUUUGGGAUGAUUUAUUCAAAGAUUAUGACCCGACAUUAAGCGCUAUUUAUACAUUACAUAAAUCACAAUGGAUUAAUCAAACUGCAACGAUACAUCCACCAAUAACAGAGCUGAAAUUAACAAUGGCUAUGCUGAAAUUGGUAGAUGUGGUUGAGGUCGAAGAGAAAGUCACAUUUCUAUUUGACUACUUAGCUGAAUGGACAGACCAACGCUUGAAAUGGAAUCCAUUAGAAUAUGGUGGCAUUAGCCACAUUUAUGUUCCACAGAGAAUGAUUUGGUUGCCAGAGGUUACAAUUGCUGAUGCACAUGAAGUUAAGUUUUUCGAGUCUGACGAUGCUCCGAGAACUGCAUGGAUCAACUACAACGGAACUACAGGUUUUUAUACCUCAACUGUUUCCUCAGUGAUUUGUCAGUUAGAUGUUUAUAAAUUCCCAUUGGAUCGCCAUGAAUGUGGUGUGAGCGUUUUAUUUCACACCUACUUUGCUGAUGAAUAUGUAAUCAAAAGUGAUAUGGAACCUUUACCAAAACCAUUGUCACAACUGGGCAAUGGCGAAUGGAAAGUGACAUAUAUUGGAGUAGCCGAGGAAAUUGGCAACGGGAAUUUCUCAGCUGUGCAGCGGUUUGUGGCAAGAAUCGAGAGGAAUCCGGGAUUCUAUGUGACUCUGGUUAUGGUACCCGCGUUUUUCAUCAACUUCCUGUCGAUUAUUGCUCUGUGCCUUAAUAUUGAAAAUGUUGGAGAAAAGAUAACCGUGGGUCUCACCAAUAUUAUGGCGAUGACUUUCAUAUUGGUAAUUUUAGCGCAGGAUCUGCCGAAAACCAAGAGAAUUCCACUUUUAGCAAUUUAUGUGAUUGUUGGAUUGGUAAUUGUGAUGGCCUCAAUUGGUGUAGUGCUUACACUUCCCUUGAUUCGAAAUCAUUUGAAAAAGCGGCAAAAAGGAAAAGAAGAGAAGCCAGUUGAGACAAGAUUCUCCAAAUGGUUCGGCUGGCUAACAGUCGAGUACGUUGUGAUGUUUGUCUUCCAACUCGCCAAUCUCAUCAACUUUAUAAUUCUGUUCAUAUGAUUCUUAUUCUACCUCAAAUUCAAU